UUCUUUUUCAUGUGUUAAUAUAUAUAAGAACAAAGAUCCCGGUUCCUGCGACGACAGAUAAUGUGGGCCACUUUGUGAAUGAUAUUGAAGGAGGAGAGUUUGUGCUGAACAGUUAAUUGCUCCGAGCGUUGGUGACGAGGUUUGGAUCUCUCCAGCCAGCUGUAUCCGAGACAAAAGCUAGAAAUUUUAUGUAUUUUUUCUGAGUUCUACGCUCUUACAUCUGGGCUAUGGAUGAUAAACAAGAAAAUUUGUUAUCAUCCACCUUGCCUAGCCAGCUGUUAUCAAUCGACGAGGAACUAUGGCAGAUGGCUGAAGAGAGAGCACAAGAGAUACUAUGGACAAUUGAACCAAAUGUAUUAUCUGAGGUGAACAGAAAGGAUGUUAUUGAUUAUGUUCAGAAGCUAAUUAGAGGUUGCUAUGGAUCUGAGGUCUUGCCAUUCGGUUCUGUUCCACUAAAAACCUAUCUUCCUGAUGGAGAUAUUGACCUGACUGCUCUUAGUCAUGAAGAUGCAGAGGAGGAUCUGGCACAGUCAGUAUUGAAUGUACUUCAAAGUGUAGAUGACCCUGAGUACCAAGUAAAAGACAUACAAGAUAUACGGGCACAGGUCCGGCUUUUGAAAUGCACAGUGAAAAAUAUAGCAGUUGACAUCUCUUUCAAUCAGAUGGCUGGACUUUAUACUCUACGUUUCUUGGAGCAGGUUGAUCAACUUGUUGGAAAGAACCAUCUCUUCAAGCGCAGUAUUAUCUUAAUCAAAGCUUGGUGCUAUUAUGAGAGCAGACUUCUUGGUGGACACCAUGGCCUGUUAUCGACAUAUGCCAUAGAAAUAUUAGUCUUGUAUAUUAUCAAUCGUUUUCACUCUUCAGUGCGUGGUCCCCUAGAGGUGCUAUACACAUUUUUAGACUACUAUGGCUCAUUUGAUUGGGACCAUAAUUAUGUUAGUAUAUGGGGUCCCAAAGCCUUAACCUCCCUUCCAAAAGUUACUGAGACGGCAGAAUGCGAUGAGGAUGGAUUCUUGCUCCAGAAAGAGUUUCUCAGAAAUUACAAGAAUAUGUGCUCUUUUCCGGCAAGGGCAUCUGAGCCUACUGCCCAUGAAUUUCCUGUCAAGUACAUGAACAUCUUGGAUCCUCUUAGAAAUGACAACAACCUAGGGCGCAGUGUAAACAUAGCCAGUUUACAUAGAUUAAGAUUUGCUCUCUCCUAUGGUGCUCGAAGGCUUAAGCAGAUCCUCACACUUCCGGGAGAAAACAUGGGUGCAGCACUAGAAAAGUUUUUCUUCAGCACUUUAGACCGGAAUGGGAAAGGAGAAAGGGCGGAUGUUGAUGUUCCGGUUUCUCCAUUUGGUACUGGAAGAUAUGAAGAGUGUGUCCUCCGUGGAGAUUGUGAAAGUUACUAUGGUGGCUUGCAAUAUAUUCAGCUUUAUCGUAACUAUACCAUGCCAGUAACUGCACAUUCCAGUUCUCCUUCAAGGCCUUCUCAGGACGAUAUCCUUGCAUUAUCAAGGCAGCAAAACUGGAGUAUGAUUUACCAAGGCGGUACAGAUGUAUAUAUCCCAGGACAGACACUUUAUCAUCCAAAUUACAGCCUUGAAGAAGGAGGGAAAUCACGUGGAACAGGCACAUACAUCCCUGACUUGAAUUAUAAUUCCUACUGGGAUAUACGCUCAAGGAUGAACAGGCCAAGGAGAUAUACUUCUGCAAAGCACAUUGCAUUGCCCAAAUCACCUCCGAAGAAGCAAGAAGAGGAGGAGGUUCACUAUGAGACGGACACGAGUAAUGGUAAUUCAGAUUCGAGGCUUUUUGAUCUCUCAAACGAAGAUUUUCCCCUUCUUCCAUGCAAUUGCAAGAUUACACAGGCAACACAAGCCCAAGGCUAUGCUCCAUUAGCCAAGAUUCAUUCUGAGACAGGCUUUUAUGGUAAUUCGAUUAUGUCUGAGCCUUCAAAUUUGUCCCUUCCAUUAGUAAAGGUUCAUUAUGAGACUGACAUAGAUGGCAGUAGUCCACGGUUGUUUGAACUCUUUAAGGAAGACUUCCCCCUUCUUCCUAAGGUUUGUUCUGAGACCCGAAUGGAUGGUAGUUCAAUCUCAACGAAAGAUUACCCCUUUCUUCAAAGCUAUCACAAGACCGUCUGCUCAGAGUCUGGUCAGUUAACUAAGCAAACCAAGAGUUUUCCAUACUCAAAAGAAGCUAAAUGGAAGGGUAUUGAGUUUGGCUCUUUCAAGAAAUCACAGUCAGUGACCGAACCAAGUUUGUCGACAAGGGAUGAGAAAGAAGAUUAUGAUGUUUCAUUAACACAAAAAAAUGUAACUGUAGUUCCGAAGGUGCCGACGGAGAGGAAAGAGAAAUCUCGCAUGACCAAUGAGAAGAUGUAUUGAACGUGUUGACGUAGAUAUUUUGUAGGGUAUACAUAAGUAAAAUGCUCAUGUUCUGACCGAAUAACUGAAAAAUAGUGUCAACUUUUCCAUCUUUUUCUUUUAUAUUUACAUAUGUAAAUUUGGGAGAAACUUGAAUAUCCUCGAACUUCAUGGGAACAAACAGUUGGGGGGAGAGUUGUUGACCAAUUUUGUGCCAUUUGGUGGUGGGGACAGAAUGACAACUCCCUUUUGGUUUAACAUCUGCAUCAACUUAUAAUUCUUUUGAUAA